AACGCGUCGCGUUCGGUGUAAACAACAACAACAUUGUGAACUAAAUACAGAUAACAAUGGCUAUUGUUGUUUUUUGAAAUAAUUAUUUUCUUAUGAUCUCGGUGUCAAUGCUACAUUUUAUUUCUGUAUUAUUACUCGUUGGUCGUAGCGGUGUCGUAAAACAUUACAAAUUGUAAAUAAAGUGCAACGAAUAUUUCUAAUAUUUAAGUAUAAUUUUAUUUUUAUUUCGCCGACCAUGAACAAAAUGAGAACAAUUUUCAUCUUGGACGCAGGAGCUCUGUUCACUUUGCAAAUACUUCAGUUCUUCAGCUUGGACUUUUAUAUCAUGAUUGUUUUUAAGGAGACUUGGUAUUCGAGGUAUCCGAACGCUCUGUUUUUAGUGUUGAACAUCGUGUUGACGAUGUUGUUCUACCACACGUUUGUCAAUUGUUACAAAGAGUACAAGUACGAACGCAGUAGGAAGACAGGAGACACGGUGGAGCGCAAGGCCAAGUAUCCGGUGUAUUUGAACUGUAUCACUUGGAGUACGUACGUCACAGUUUUGUUCAGCAAGAUCGUGUUGAUUUUCUCCAAUCAAGUCGUCUUGCUGGUCAGCUACGACGAUUUCAUGGGACCGCAAAUGUUGAAAUUGCUCAUUGGAUUAUCCGGGAUCGUGUUCUACUUGAUGGUAAAUGCCGAAUGUUUUGGACGACAACUGAACCGUGACAAAUGGCCGACAAACACGUGGAUUGUCGAAAUCUUUGACUCUGUUGAAAUAUUAUCGAUCGUCAUAUCUAUCAACUAUUCUCUGGGUUAUGUCGAGUAUUUGAUCUACGCGACAGCCUUUAUAAAUUUCAUAUUGCCCGUUUGGAUAUUGUACAGUUUGUCGCAGCCAGACAUAGAUACCAAGCCGAUGGGUCUACCACAACCGAUAUGUUAUAAUUUUUUGCACUUGAUACUCGUUCAGAUGCCGUUUCUCGGAAUUCGAUUGUACAUGUGGGUCGUGUACAAUCAAAACGCAUCGGUAUUCAUGAUGAAAAAUCUUUUGCACAUGCUAUUCUUUUUGCACACAUUGUACCCACAUAUCAUCGAAAUCAGUAAAAAAAAUCAGUACAGUCCAGAAAACGGCAUUGACGAACGCGAACCCGAAAUACUUUUAACUAAUCGUAAACAAGAAGAUACCAUCGAGGUUCUUUAGACAUAUACAAUAAAAUGAAUACGUUAAAACCUGAACAUCUUCGUUUUUUCAUAGAAGGUAGGUGAACGACAAAUGUUUAAAUUCUUUGAAUCUAAUUAUUUAUAACAGUAUUGAAAAAAGUUGUAAUCAAUAUAAAAGCCAUCUUACGCCGAUUUUCUCCUUUUUUUUUUUUUAUACUUUAUAUUUUCACAAUUUAGUCAUUUAUUUAAAGUUAAAGUAUACUUUUAGGUGAAACUAUUUAGUAUUUUUUAUCGCUGACAUUUUUUUAUUUUUUUAUAUUUGGUGUAUAAAAUUAGGUUGAUACUUUUUAAAAAUAUAAGUUGCCAUGUACCUGUGUAAACAGAUCUAAAAUCCAUAUUUUUAAUUUAUAUGUACUAACGAACAAAUUUAAUCCUUGGCAUUUGACUACAUGUUGAAUAUGAUAAUUAUUUAUAUUAUAUUUUUAAUAAUUAAUGAUAAAAU